AUGAAUUCCUAUUGCGAAAAAUUGCCUGAAGAUGUUUGCGAAAGUUCAGUUGAAGAUGAUGGGUGCUUUUAUAGAAAUGAAUCAAAUCAGAACGACACUCAAGUUUCGCAAAAUUAUUCAGAAGAUGAGACCGUCAAUGAAUUAUUAUCAACUUUAAAAGAACUACUAGAAUCUUUUCAAGAUGAAAAACUGAAGCAGGAAAUCAUAGACAACAUUUACAAUACUGUUUUAAAUGCAAGGAGCGAAUAUCUCAAAAUGUCAGUCCCAGAAGUUAACAUCGAACCGCAAGAAUUUUCAAUUGAAGACAAGGAUUUUGAAAUAAAAGAAGAAGAGCCUGAACAUAAAGAAACUUAUCAGGAGAGAUUUAGUAAAUCCGAUGUAAUGAUAGAGAAUGAAGUCAAUAAAAAUAGUGGCAUAUGUAAUGAAUCAUUUACAAGGCCGUAUGAUUUAGAACAGCAUAUGCCGGUGCAUAGUCAUAGUUGUAUCUUUUGUUCAGAUACUUUUUCAGAUUCAAACACCUUAGAAAUUCACCAGAAAAUUCAUGCAAAUGAAAAGCCUUUUGAGUGCACAAUUUGCAACAAAGUAUUCACUGGGCAAAUCGAUUUUGAUCAACACGUUUGUGAUUGGGAAAAAACUUUAACGUUGAGUGAAUCUGAUGAAAUCAGACAGGAGUUGUUUGAAGUACCUCAUUAUAAAUGUAAUGAAGGCACAUGUAAUGAAUCAUUUACAGAACAGCACAUGCUGGAACAUUGUCAUAGUUGUACAUUUUGUUCAGAUACUUUUCCAGAUUCAAGCGCCUUAGAAAUUCAUCAGAAAAUACAUGCAGAUGUCAAGCCUUUUGUGGGCAUAAUUUGCAAUAAAGCAUUCCCUGGGCAAUUCGAUUUUGAUCAACACGUUUGUGAUGGAGAAAAAACUUUAACGUUGAGUGAAUCUGAUGAAAUUAGACAGGAGUUAAUUGAAGCACCUCAUUUUAAAUGUAAUGAAGGCACAUGUAAUAAAUCAUUUACAGAACAGCACAUGCUGAAACAUUGUCAUAGUUGUACCUUUUGUUCAGAUACUUUUCCAGAUUCAAGCGCCUUAGAAAUACAUCUGAAAAUUCAUGCAGAUGUCAAGCCUUUUGUGUGCACAAUUUGCAAUAAAGUAUUCACUAGACAAUUGGAUUUUGAUCAACACGUUUGUGAUUGGGAAAAAACUUUAACGUUGAGUGAAUCUGAUAAUCAAACCCAAAGCUUGGAUACUCAUAGUGCAAAAGGUUCGCAUAAAUGCAAAGUAUGCGAUAGGUCAUUAUCAACAAUUUGGACCUUGAAAAAACAUAUGCUUGUACACAGUGGCGUACGGCCGCAUGCGUGUAAAAUGUGCAAUAAGUCAUUCUCAACACAUAACAACUUGAAUAUGCAUAUGCUUGUUCACAGUGGCGUACGGUCCUACAGUUGUAAAGUAUGUAAUAAGACUUUCACAUAUUUUGGUAGCUUGAAAUCUCAUAUGAGCAUGCACAACGGUGAUCUGCCUUAUAAGUGUAAAGUAUGCGAUAAACAAUUCGCACAUUCGCGUAAUUUGAAAAGACAUAUGCCUGUUCACAGCGGCGAAAGACCCCACAGGUGUGACCUAUGCGAUAAGACAUUUAUACAUUGGCGUAACUUGAAAACUCAUAAGCUUUAUAUUCACUCUGGGCAGCGGCCUCAUAAAUGUAAAGUAUGCGGUAAGUCAUUCAAACAACCGAGUGAUUUAAAAUCACAUAUGGUCACACACAGCGAUGAAAAGCCACAUAUUUGUGAAGUAUGCAGUAAGUCAUUCGCACGAAAGAGUAGCUUAAAAAUGCAUAUGCUCAUUCACAUCGGGACUCGGCCUCACAAAUGUAAAGUAUGCAAUAAGUCAUUUACAGAAAGUGGUGGCUUAAAAAGGCAUAUGGUCAUACACAGCGGUGAAAAGCUUUAUAGAUGUAAAGUAUGCGAUAAGUCAUUCGUACAACGGGGUGGCUUAAAAAGGCAUAUGCUCGUACACACAGGUGAAAAGCUGUAUAGGUGUAAAGUAUGCGAAAAGUCAUUCGUACAACCGAGUGAUUUAAAAUCACAUAUGCUCACACACAGCGAUGAAAAACCACACAUUUGUGAUGUAUGCAGUAAGUCAUUCGCACGAAAGAGUGGCUUAAAAACGCAUAUGCUCAUUCACAUCGGGACUCGUCCUCACAAAUGUAAAGUAUGCGGUAAGUCAUUCAUACAAUCGGCUGAUUUGAAAUCACAUAUGGUCAUACACAGCGAUGAAAAGCCACAUAUAUGUGAUGUAUGCAGUAAGUCAUUCGCACGAAAGAGUGGCUUGAAAACGCAUAUGCUCGUUCACACCGGUGAAAGGCUUCAUAGAUGUAAAGUAUGCGAUAAGUCAUUCGUACAACGAGGUGGCCUAAAAACGCAUAUGCUUAUACACACAGGUGAAAGACCUUAUAGGUGUACAGUAUGUGAUAAGACAUUUACACAAGUGGGAGUUUUGAAAACCCACAUGCAAAUUCACAGUAAUGAACCGCGCCCAAAGUGUAAAAUAUGCGAAAAGUCCUUCUCAACAAAGCGCUACUUGAAAAGGCAUAUGCUUGUUCACAGUAGUGAACAGUUCCAUACAUGUGAAGUAUGUAAAAAAACAUUUACACAAAGAAGUAACCUGGAUGAACAUAUGCUCAUUCACAAUGAGGAACCUCAAAAGUGUGAAUUACGCGAUUCGCAUUAG